CCAAGUGAAAAUUUCUGCAAGAGCAAAACCAGUUCGGAGAGACAAGCGCAGGCAGACCUAACAGUCCAGGAGGCGGACGAAAUGCUGAUCAAAUGUGAAGGCGGCAUCGACGCGGCCCUGGAGUACGCCAAGAUGUGGUGUAAAUACGUCAAAGAGCUGCUCGGCUGGAUGGAGAAACGGCUGAGCUACGAGACGGAGUUUGCCAAAGGGCUGGUGAAGAUCGCGGAAUCGGGACGGAACGCUAUCUUCCAGCAGCAUCACAUGCCUCUUCGGACGCUCUACACCAUGGUGCUAGAACACGACAUCAAGGUUGGGAACUCAGCGAGUGAGACGGUGGGAUUGCUCCAGCAGAAGGAAUUCUACCAGCCUCUGUCGGCCAAGAAGAAUGAAAUUGAGAAAUGGAGGAAAGAAUUCAAGGAUCAGUGGACAAAGGAGCAGAAGAGGAUGAACGAAUCCCUGUCAUCCCUCCGCAAAUCCCGCCUGCAAUACCUCCAGCGCUGCGAGGAGCUGGAGAAAGCCAAGCACUUGAGCGCCAAGGCGGAGGACGAAUACCAAAACGCGGCCGUCGCCAACCCCGGCAGCGCCAACAAGCAGCUGGAGAAGCGACGGCGCUCUCGCGAGGAGGCGCAAACCAAGGUUCAGGAAUCGGAAGCUUUGUACAAGAUGUGCAUCGGCGACGCCAACUUUCGGCGCCAAGAAUUGGAGAAAGUCCGAGCGCGGAUCAUCUCCCACAUUCGGAAGCUUAUUUACCAAGGGGAUGAGGUGCUGACGUGGGUGACUUUAAGGAUGUUCAAGCAGCGCCAGGCUCAGUCAGAGCAGAUUCCAGUGGGAUACCAGUACCUGUCCGAGGUCUGCAAGCCCUACAAAGCCGGCGAGAAAUACCUGGAGUUCAUCCAGGCUCUGCAGAAGAAAGACGUUCACGUGGAAGUGUUUGAAUUCGAGCCGCUUGCAUCUGGAGGGCAGAGGUCUCCUCCCAGUGGAAAAAAGAAGACGGCAUUGCAUCCCACCGGACCCUCUCCCAUGGCAAAGGAUGCGAGCACUCCAGAAGAGACGGCCAGAAAGCAGUUCUCCACAAACGGCGACCAGAGUGCGAACAAAUCCCUCUGCAGCGACACGGAAAGCCUCGGCGGGAGCUGUGAAUCCCGAUCCUUGGAUUCUCCCAAUUCUAGCCCAGGAAACUCCAACAGGAGAUUGUUGAAAGUUCCCUCCACCGGCACCAUGUCCUCCUCGGAUGAUUUUGAAGAGCGAGAUUCCUUGCAAACUUUUGAGAACGAAAACGGCACAUCCCAGCAGCAGUUUAGGAACAUCCUCCUCUCCAGUGCGGCGCAGAGCCACCGGCUCCGGAAAUUGCGAGGACCGUCCAAGUGCAAGGAGUGCGACACCUUCAUGGUCAGCGGCUUCGAAUGCGAGGAGUGCUUCCUGGCGUGCCACAAGAAGUGUCUGGAGAACCUGCUCAUCGCCUGCGGCCGCAAGAAGCUGCCCAACCGCGCGCCUCUUUUUGGCGUCGACUUCACGCAGGUUCCUCGAGAUUUCCCUGAGGAAGUUCCCUUCGUAGUGGUGAGAUGCACCUCGGAAAUCGAAGCUCGUGCCCUGGGGGUGCAGGGGAUCUAUCGGAUAAGCGGAUCCAAAGCCCGGGUGGAAAAGCUGUGCCAAGCAUUUGAGAACGGCCGGAGCUUGGUGGAACUCUCUGAGCACUCCCCCCACGACAUCACGGGGGUCCUGAAGCAUUUUCUGAAGGAGCUUUCGGCGCCGGUGCUGCUUCCUCAGCUCUACAACGACCUCAUUGCGCUCGCCAAAGUUUUGCAAAAAUCUGGGGAAGAAAAGUCGGAUUGCGCCGGCAUCCCUUCCGAUCCCAUCCAGAGCAUGAAGGAUUUGCUGAGCAAAUUGCCGGGGAGUAACUACAACACCCUGCGGCACCUCAUCGCACAUUUGUACAGGGUGGCAGAAAAAUACGAAGAGAACAAGAUGUCCCCAAACAACUUGGGCAUAAUAUUUGGGCCAACCUUGAUCCGACCGGGCUCGGGGAGCGAUGGCUCCAUGUCGUGCCUCGUUGACUCUGGGUAUCAAGCCCAAAUUGUGGAAUUUCUCAUCCAGAACUACGAAAGGGUGUUUGGGAUGGAUGACCUGCCUUCAUCCUUAUCCCUCGGAUGUGAAAACCCUUCGCGAGAAGCGGCGGCAGAAAAGGAUGAAGGACCCGAGAGCCCAAACACAACCCAGAAUAUAAAUCUAGAGGUAGAGCGCCCGGACACCGAGCUGGGCUUACUCACCCUGCUGUAG